AUUCUUCCAACAAAUAUGCAUUCUUCGAAAACAAAUACACUUUUGAUGGGAUCGAGUACUCAUUUAUUCUCCUUUCUAUGUCUUUUACUAUGUUUUGUUUGCAUACAAGCUCAAGAUUUGCAAACUUACAUAGUUCAGUUGCAUCCACUUGGAGCAACAAGACCCCCUUUUAGCUCUAAACUACAAUGGCACCUUUCUUUCCUUGCAAAAGCAGUUUCCUCUGGAGAACAAGACUCGUCUUCUCGUCUUUUGUACUCGUACCAUUCUGCAAUGGAAGGUUUUGCAGCUCGACUCACUGAAGAUGAGGUUGAGUUGUUAAGGGAAUCUAGUGAUGUGUUAUCGAUACGUGCUGAGAGGAGGCUUGAAAUUCAGACUACUUAUUCUUACAAGUUCUUGGGAUUAAGUACGACGAGAGAAGGAGCUUGGUUGAAGUCUGGAUUUGGUCGAGGGGCGAUCAUUGGAGUGUUGGAUACUGGAGUUUGGCCAGAAAGUCCAAGUUUUGAUGAUCAUGGGAUGCCACCUGCUCCACAGAAGUGGAGGGGUAUCUGCCAAGGAGGACAGAAUUUUAAUUCUUCUAGUUGUAAUCGCAAGCUUAUUGGUGCAAGGUUUUUCAGCAAAGGACAUCGUGUGGCUUCAAUGACAUCAUCACCAGAUGCAGUGGAGGAAUAUGUGUCGCCACGGGAUUCCCAUGGCCAUGGUACACAUACAGCAUCCACUGCUGGAGGAGCUGCAGUUCCAAUGGCUGGUGUGCUCGGAAAUGGAGCAGGGGAGGCUCGAGGGAUGGCCCCGGGUGCCCACAUUGCGAUAUAUAAAGUCUGCUGGUUCAGUGGUUGUUACAGCUCUGAUAUACUUGCAGCAAUGGAUGUAGCCAUCAGAGAUGGAGUAGACAUAUUGUCACUCUCACUUGGUGGCUUCCCUAUUCCACUUUAUGAUGAUACUAUUGCCAUUGGAAGUUUCCGAGCCAUGGAGCAUGGAAUUUCAGUUAUAUGUGCAGCAGGGAAUAAUGGACCAAUCCAAAGUUCAGUAGCCAACGGUGCUCCUUGGAUUGCCACUAUUGGUGCUAGCACACUUGACAGGAGAUUUCCAGCGUCAGUUCAGUUAGGCAACGGAAAGUUCCUGUACGGAGAAUCCUUGUACCCUGGGAAGAAAGUUCCUAGCUCUCGGAAGAAUCUUGAGGUUGUUUAUGUAAAGGAUAAGGACAAGGGAAGUGAAUUUUGCUUGAGAGGAUCGCUAUCAAGAGCACGAGUCCAGGGGAAAAUGGUUGUGUGUGAUAGGGGAGUCAAUGGAAGGGCAGAAAAAGGCCAGGUUGUGAAGGAGGCAGGUGGUGCUGCCAUGAUCUUAGUAAAUACAGCAAUAAAUAUGGAGGAAGAUUCCGUUGAUGUCCAUGUCCUCCCAGCAACGUUGAUUGGCUUCGAUGAAUCAAUUCAAUUACAAAACUACCUGAACUCAACAAAAAGACCAACAGCUCGAUUCAUAUUUGGAGGAACAGUCAUAGGAAAGUCUAGAGCACCUGCAGUAGCUCAGUUUUCGUCAAGGGGGCCAAGCUAUACUGAUCCUUCAAUUCUCAAACCUGAUUUGAUUGCUCCAGGGGUAAACAUAAUUGCCGCUUGGCCACAAAACUUAGGCCCCAGUGGUCUUCCCGAGGAUUCACGAAGAGUAAAUUUCACUGUUAUGUCAGGGACUUCAAUGGCAUGUCCUCAUGUAAGUGGAAUUGCCGCAUUGCUCCAUUCAGCUCAUCCUAAAUGGACUCCAGCAGCAAUAAGAUCCGCAUUAGUGACCACUGCAGAUACGGCUGAUCAUAUGGGAAAACCAAUCAUGGAUGGAGAUGCACCAGCUAAACUUUUUGCAGCUGGAGCUGGACACGUGAACCCUGGAAGAGCCAUCGAUCCUGGAUUGAUAUAUGACAUCCAGGUUGAUGAAUAUAUCACUCAUCUUUGCACUAUCGGAUACAGAAAUUCUGAAGUCUUCAGCAUUACUCAUAGGAAUGUCAGCUGCCAUGACAUUUUACAGAACAACAGGGGUUUCAGCCUAAAUUACCCCUCAAUUUCAAUAACUUUCAGAGCAGGAAUGACUAGAAAGAUGAUCAAGAGGAGAGUAACAAAUGUGGGGAACCCUAACUCUAUUUACUCAGUUGACAUUGAGGCACCUGAGGGAGUCAAAGUGAGAGUGAAGCCACGUCGUCUGAUAUUUAAACAUGCAAACCAAAGCUUAAGCUAUAGAGUUUGGUUUAUAUCACGAAAGAAAAUCGAGUCUAAAAGGAUGAGCUUUGCAGAGGGGAAAUUGACAUGGUUCAAUGUAGGAAACAAAGCCACGAAAGUUAAAAGUCCUAUUUCCGUCACAUGGGCAUCAAUGAAGUGAUCACUAUCACCACUAUCACAAGCACCAUAUAUUUCAUUGUCUUAGUUCAAAAUUUCCAAUUAGGAAUUUCACAUCACAUUAUAAAUUGAUGUUAGAGCAGAUACACUUUAUCUUUCCACAAAGAAGAAAUGAUCGAUAAUCAUUGAAAUGAUUUGUGUUUUACUA